AUGCCCUGGCACACCAUGUGGGAUGUCCCAGGCCCCUUCUGCGCGCCGCCCGCUGAGGUGCCCAACGCUGCGCCGGUGGGCACUGCUUGGCGACAGGCCUCCUCAUCCCGCCAGCUCAGUAAGGGCUCCUCCGUGGAAGAAGUUGCAUUCCUGGAGGAAAUCAACCCAGAGCACGUGGAAGAUGACGCUGUUCUCUCAGAGAAGACCAGCCCGAGCGGCCGAGCCGACGCCCGAGCCGAGCCGGAGAUCCCGACGCAGGUUGGCUUCAGGCACCUUGGAUGCUUCACCUGCGAUGCCAACCACUCGGAAGCCAGUGAGCUGAAAGCCUCGAGGCCACAGUCGGAGGCUCCAGAGAUGUUUCGCGGUCACGUGCCUGGUGCCUUGUGCAACAUGGUGGAGCCUCACUCCCCACGGCAGCUGGCUGCCUGGAAGCAGCAGGAGCAGCGAAACAGACAGUUUCAGAUCAAUAUCUCCAAGAAGGGGAAGAAACUCGGGCUUCGAUACGAUGACUCGGACGGACUGGCCCUGGUGAUCAAGAUCAUCGAUCCAGGCGUCCUCUAUGAUUCCAUUAUGGAGAUGAGCUCAGACCAGUGGGCCAUGCCGGAGGAUCGCAUCAUCGAAGUCAAUGGUGUGCGCGGGAAGUCGGAAUGGCUGGAGGAGCAAUGCAUGAAAUCUGAUGUCUUAACCUUAACACUGGAACGAGUUUUGCCAGCGCCCAAUGAGCGGAUCUUUGGCCAGAGCGAGGAUCCCACCGUCAUCGUGCACGCCUAUGACUUGUUCGGUCAUGGCAAGGGUCCGAUGGCCUGCAUGUCUCGCACAUUGAACUCGAUGAGCACACGCUUUGGGCUUUUUCACACAGGCGUGGAAGUAUUUGGCCGCGAGUGGUUCUUUGGAGCUUCUUUGGAGGGCCUCUUCCAUGGAGUGAACUGCACCGAGCCCAAACAGCACCCGGUACACCGCUACCGCACCAGUGUCGCUUUGGGAACUUGCAAGAUCACAGCAGAGGCUUUCGAAGAACUCAUGCCGUUGAUUCGGAUGAAGUGGCCGGCUUGGUCAUACCAUGCCAUCUCGAGGAACUGUCAUAGCUUUACCGAUUUCUUUUGCAAAAUCCUGGGCUUCGAGUCUGCGCCCCGAUUCGGACUGUUUGGAAGUGGUGACGCCAUGCUGGUGCCAGGAGCUGCAGCUGAUGCACGAUCACUGGCGCCCUGUGGGAGCUGUGCGUCGCUCAAGACCGGCGAGGGCCGACAGAUGCCGAUGUCCCCGAGCAGCGAAGGCAGCUGCAUUCGAGUUGAAGCCUAG